AUGAACGGUCCUGCUGCCCUGGUCACUCUCGUGACCAAGCCGGCUGAAGAAGUUCCCAGUUCGCGAUAUUAUUGUGAUUGCGAAGAAAGCCUUCCCAAUUUACGAAGGCAAGGUUAUAUUAGUAACGGGGAGCAUGACUUCAGCAAAUCCGACCGAUGUUCUUGGAUCAGCUCAGAACCAAGUCUAGCGUGUGAUGGAGAACACAGUCACUUGAGCAACGAUGGCUCGAUGAGCAAGAGAGAAGACAAAUGGGAAGCUGAUGGUGUUAAACGUGAGGCAGAGAUACUGUAUCAAGAACCAUCCGAAGUUGAAAAUUCAACACAGGAGCUUGAAAAAAAUCAGAGGAAGCAGAGAACAACCAGGAUCAUAGCCCCUGCGGCAAGUCAGAUAGAUAGGAGAGAUCAGGAAAGUGUUCCUUCUACAAUCAGCAUGGCCCCUCAAUCCAUUGUGAAUUCACCUACUUUAACCACGUGUGGUGAAAAAACAGCGUUUUUAGCCGAUGACCAUUCUCCAGGGAAGUCUGGCGUUUUGCAAAGCAAAAUUCACGAGGUUGUCAAGGUGCAACCAACGGUUAAAAUGGCUCCAGCGUCUCAGAAAGAUCAACUUAUCGCAGAGGUCUCCAAACUAUUCGAUUUAGCCGAAGAGGCUAUUAUUUCGCGCAUGAGGAGUUUCUAUACUUCAAGAACCAAGGCUGCCUUCAACCCUAGAGAAACAGACCGAGAUGGCGAGAUAUUUCCAAAGGUCAUCAAACCAUUAUGGGCUCAUGCCAUCCAUACACAAGAUUGUGCCAUGUUGAUGCGAGAAAGUGUUCAAAAUAUGAAAAUGGAGGCAAAAACAAAAGGGAUUGACACAAGUUCUGCGUAUAAACAAAACUUGAGAAAGGUACUUGAAAUUUUGGAGCCCCAUUUGCGAACUACCAAUCGCCAAAAUCAUCUGCCUCUUUCAAGGAUGGACGAUACAAUGUAUAGGAAGCUGCAGUUAAUUUGGAACUCAAAUCCAGAAAUAUUUUUUCAAAUUGAACCAAUUCUCUCCUCCAGGCUCAGCAAAUAUGAACUACACAGGAGACUGACGACCCUGACCAAUCAGAUCAUACAAAAGACAGCAAUUGAGAAUUGGAAGCUGAUCAGCAAGGCAUUAGCUGAUAUGGGCCACAAACGCCGAGUGAACCAAUUUUUGAAAUCUCUUGAGCGAAACUUUGAGUUGGACAAAGAAUUCCCAGAUUUACUCAAUUAUUUUGAGCUGUGGACGAAGAAUCCAGGGAUUUUCAAAAGUAGUUUAGGGAAGCCUAAACAUGACGCUGGGAGCUUGAUGAUGACGAUUCUUGGUCCUUUUGAGUUCAGGAGGAGAUUCAACUUUGCAGUUUUAUCCCACCAGUGGUUUGACUUGAAGUUGGACUUCCAACCCCAGACUGAGUUGCCAUUAGUUGUCAAGGAAGACCUUCAAAGUGCAGAAAAAAGUAACGGAGUCAAUCUAUUGAAUGUGUGUUGCCUGAUUCGGUACCUCGGCCUGGGACAGCCGAAAAGCUUUGGAGACUCUACAGACAACAAGGUCUUGGCUGAUUUUGAGCGAGUUCUCAGAUUGUUCAACUGCGAAACGUACUGGUACGUUCCUUGGUUUGAAUCGGCUGAUCGGGCCUGGUUGAUCAAAACCUUUCCGGAAUACCUUGAAAGGUUGAAUGACUUGUGUACAGAAAACAAAAAGAGAUACAUUAAAUCAAUUGAAGGCCAAGAGGAGAAGGCAGGAAGGACUGAUGAAAAUGUUAUCGACUUCUACCGAGAAGACCAAGUUUUAUUCCACGACCAGGGAAUCCCUCUACAUGACAUUGAGGCACUCGAAAAACUGCGCGCAGCCAACACUCAAUUGAAGUCAUUCACGAUCCCAACGCAAGAGCAAACAUCCAUGGAAUGGCUUCUACUUUGA